UUUAAGGUCUCUUCCAACCCAAACAACCCUCCCCUUCCCGUGAGCCUCUGCGCGGGGGGUGGUGGCCGCGCAAGAUGGCGGCGGACAGCGAGCCCGAGUCGGAGGUGUUCGAGAUCACGGACUUCACCACCGCCUCCGAGUGGGAGAGAUUUAUUUCAAAAACAGAAGAAGUAUUGAAUGACUGGAAACUUAUUGGGAUUUCUUCAGGGAAACCUCUAGAAAAGGGUGUAUAUACCACAGGAGUGUGGGAAGAGAAAUCUGAUGAAAUUUCAUUUGCAGACUUCAGAUUCUCAAUUACCCAUCAUUAUCUUGUACAAGAGCCCAGCGACAAAGAAGGGAAAGAAGAACUGGUAGAAGAUGCCCUUCCUCUACCUAUGCAGGAUUUGUUGUGCGUGAACAAUGACUUUCCUCCUAGAGCUCAUUGCUUGGUGAGAUGGUAUGGCUUACGUGAGUUUGUGGUUAUUGCUCCGGCUGCAAAUAAUGAUGCGGUUCUUAGUGAAUCGAAAUGUAACCUUUUGCUGAGUUCCGUUUCCAUUGCAUUGGGGAACACUGGCUGUCAAGUCCCACUGUUUGUGCAAAUACAUCAUAAAUGGCGCAGAAUGUAUGUUGGAGAAUGUCAGGGUCCAGGAGUUCGAACUGACUUUGAAAUGGUUCAUCUUCGCAAAGUGCCAAACCAGUAUACUCAUUUAUCGGGAUUACUAGACAUCUUCAAGUCCAAGAUUGGUUGCCCUUUAACGCCACUACCUCCAAUUAGCAUGGCUAUUCGGCUUACAUAUGUGCUUCAAGACUGGCAGCAGUAUUUCUGGCCACAGCAGCCACCAGAUAUAGAUGCUCUAGUUGGGGGAGAAGUUGGAGGCCUUGAGUUUGGGAAGUUACCAUUUGGAGCCUGUGAGGAUCCGAUUAGUGAGCUUCAUUUAGCUACUACAUGGCCGCAGCUAAUGGAAGGUAUAGUUGUCGACAAUGAUGUUUAUUCUGACCUGGAUCCUAUUCAAGCACCCCAGUGGUCCGUGAGAGUCAGGAAAGCAGAUAACCCUCAGUGUCUAUUGGGUGACUUCCUUACUGAAUUCUUCAAGCUUUGCCGUCGGAAGGAGUCAACUGAUGAGAUACUUGGAAGGUCUGCGUUUGAAGAGGAAGGAAAAGAGGUCGCUGAUAUCUCUCACGCUUUGUCAAAGCUGACAGAGCCGGCACCGGUCCCAAUCCAUAAAUUAUCAGUCACAAAUAUGGUUCACAGUGCAAAGAAAAAAAUUCGCAAACACAGAGGUGUGGAUGAAUCACCAUUAAACAAUGAAGUUCUGAACACCAUUCUUCUGUUCUUAUUUCCUGAUGCUGCUGACAAACUUGUAGAUGGAUUUGAAAGCAGAACUAGCACUUCAGCCGGAAACAAUCCUCCUCCAGAGACUGAAGAUUAUAAUCUCUUCAGUCAGUUUAAAUCUGCUCCUUCUGACAGUCUGACAUACAAACUAGCUUUAUGUCUUUGUAUGAUAAACUUCUAUCACGGAGGAGUAAAAGGAGUGGCACAUCUUUGGCAAGAAUUUGUGUUGGAAAUGCGCUACAGAUGGGAGAACAACUACCUUAUUCCAGGAUUAGCUAAUGGCCCUCCAGAUCUGAGAUGCUGUUUACUACAUCAGAAACUGCAGAUGUUAAAUUGUUGCAUUGAAAGAAAGAAAGCAAGAGAUGAGGGGAAAAGGGGGAACAUGCCUGAUCGUUCGCCUAGUGGUACUUCUGGUGAUGCUGGCAAAGGACCAGACCACUCCGGAGAUAACCUUGAUAAGGAAAAAGAAGUUGGCAAAUCUUGGGAAUCGUGGAGUGAUAGUGAGGAGGAAUUCUUUGAAUGUCUGAGUGACACAGAAGAUCUUAAAGGAAAUGGGCAGGAAAAUGGGAAGAAAGGAGGAGCGAAAGAAGGCAACAAAGAGACUGUGAACUUAAAACCAGAAGGUCGUCUGCAUCCGCAUGGAAAGCUGACACUGCUGCAUCCAGGAGAGCCUCUCUACAUUCCAAUAACGCAGGAACCAGCACCCAUGACUGAAGAUUUGCUGGAAGAACAGUCUGAAGUACUGGCAAAACUAGGGACAUCAGCAGAAGGUGCUCAUCUUCGGGCACGCAUGCAGAGCGCCUGCCUACUCUCAGAUAUGGAGUCUUUUAAGGCAGCUAAUCCUGGCUGUUGUCUGGAGGAUUUUGUGAGGUGGUACUCCCCGCGGGAUUACAUCGAAGAGGAAGUGGUUGAUGAGAAGGGGAAUGUAGUCAUUAAAGGCGAGCUGAGCGCCCGGAUGAAGAUUCCUAGCAACAUGUGGGUGGAGGCCUGGGAAACAGCAAAGCCGGUCCCAGCCCGGAGGCAGAAGAGACUCUUCGAUGACACAAGGGAGGCAGAGAAGGUGCUUCAUUACCUUGCAGUUCAGAAACCAGCUGACCUUGCAAGGCAUCUCUUGCCUUGUGUCAUCCACGCAGCUGUGCUCAAGGUAAAGGAAGAAGAAGCACUAGAAGAUAUAUCUUCAGUUAAGAAGAUUAUUAAGCAGAUAAUAUCCCAUUCCAGUAAAGUUCUAAGAUUCCCCAAUCCAGAGGACAAGAAGCUGGAAGAAAUCAUUGCUCAGAUUAUGAGUGUGGAAGCUACCAUUGCCAGGGCCAGGUCUCUGAAAGCAAAAUUUGGGAUAGAGAAAUGUGAAAAUGAGGAGGAGAAAGAAGAUCUACAAAGAUUUGUAAACUGCUUGCUGGAACAGCCAGAAGUGUCAGUUAUUGGUGCGGGAAGAGGACCUGCCGGCAGCAUUAUUCACAAGCUGUUCGUGAAUGCGCAGAGGCUGACUGAAUCUUCUGAUGAGGUUUCCGCAGUGCCUCCUCUCGAGGAAGAAUUGCGGAGAUCAGGUUCAUCGGAGGAGCGAAGACUCAACGCGGGGGCUUCUUCUGAUUUCCCCCUACCCACGGGCCGCGAGGUGAUUUUGCGCACGACUGUUCCCCGCCCUGCCCCUUACUCCAAGUCCUUGCCCCAGCGCAUGUACAGCGUGCUGACCAGAGAAGACUUUCGACUUGCAGGUGCCUUUUCAGCAGAUACCACGUUCUUCUGAUGGAACCAGCCGCCCUGUCUUCUGCGGCGUCACAAGUAGCACACCAUGCUUUUUCCUUCAGGGAAGUUGACAUUACAGACUGGCUUGUGGUGAGGAGAUGGUGCGGUUGGUGUUAGCGAGGGAGUGGCUGUUCCCAAGGAUGGAGCUGAACUGGCAGUCAGGAAGGAUGCUGGAAGCAGCUCUGACUGGGAGGUUUGGAAUGGCUUCCCAGGUGGUUUCAAUCAGAUUUUUGGGAGGACAGCUUAGCUAUAGCCUCUCUCUCCAAAGGGAGGGAAUUAUGUUUCUGCAUUAGCUUAUUUACUAACGGAUAUGGAUGGGCCAUAUGCAAAUCUGUCUCGGUGACACUCAUGCAGAGUAUUCUGCUUUACCAUUCUCAAUCAGACCUUCUCCAGUGACAUCAGCCCGCUUAAAGCGACGUGCAAACAUUACUUUGUAUUUAUUGCUAAUCAUAAGUAUUGAGCCUGGUAUUUUUUGGUUAAUCACUACGUUGCAAAUACUUCUAAAAUACUCCUAAUUCUGUUUAAUGUUUACAGUACGUUCUAGUUCAUGCUAAACUCGCCUAGCAUAGCAGCGGUUGUCCAAAAAGGUCUUGUCUUGGCCACUUCUCCCAGAAAGGAAGAACUGUAUUUGAGGCUAUAACUGGACACAGAAACCUGGUAGCCUUGAGUGGAUCACUGAUGGUUCUGGAUACUUUUCUUUCCUUCCUUGCACACAAGGGCCAAAGCUGUAUGUAAAUAAAUGACACGUACAGAGAUGAGCAACUUUCUGGUAUUUACAGUGACCAUCUGUGCACCGUGGCUUCGAUCUGAGCUGCUGAGACAGCUCUGUCGCUGCUGUAGACAAACCUCACUGGAGAUCAUGCAGACACGAUGACGUGGACGUGCCAAUGUUGCUUUACAGCCAUCUUCAUGUGUUUUAAUGAGAAUCAGAAAAAGAGCCACAUUACUUUACAAAAUGAAAUGUAAAACCAGCUACAGCAUUGUUGCCAUGACUCAAUAAAUCUCAUCUUAGCCUGGGCUCUCGGAGUUCUUCAGCUACGAGCAAUGGCUUUUUAAAACUAUUUUUACAAUGUCAGCCGUGUGUAAUGUGAGCUAGGAACAGCAUGGUCAUGAGGGUGCCUGCACCAAGUAAAGAAGGUUAAGUUCUGUCUCAGAAAGCAGAGUUUGAGGUGUUCCCCUACGACUCCCUUGGGGACAGGGGCUCAGCUGUUUCCCUUGGGUAAACGGGUGUCAAGCAGAAACACAGUUUUCAGGCUAAGGAAGUUAAUCUGCUUCCAAGAAAACUCCUGUCACAGAAUUUGUCCUCGAGGCUGUUUGUGUUUCACCUGAGGUGAAUUCCUCUGAUAAAAGGAGGAGAGAGACAAAGACCAAUUUAGCUGUGGUUUAACUGUCUAAGUGCUGUAAAAGAAGUGCCACUGGGCACUCACUAAUUACCAAGUGAGGAGUGUCUGCAUUAUUCCCUGGUGCUCUUGGAUUCCUCCUCUCCUGCCACACUCUCUUAAUGAAGCUGUACAGGGGUGGGCUGUGUCAGCUUGAAAGCCCCUGGCUCAGUUAUCAGGCUGUUAGGGCUGGGCCUGAACAGCUGAAGCGAUGAUUCCUCUGAUCACUCAGAGAACACAGACAGGUGCAGCACUUCUCUUCCAGCCCAUUGCCCAAAGGUGUUUGUGUUAGUGCUGGAAAAGACCAGUUUCACUCUAUAGAAAGUGGUGCACUCACACCCUUGCCACUUUGUAUAUCUGGAACAGAGGAAAAGAAUGUUUAUAACUUAAAGGAUUUUUCUCAUAAGAUAUUGUAACUUUUCUCAGAAGCUUAUUUUAACUCAAAGUGUAGUCGAGUGUGGUGUAGAGAUGUGCUGUAUGACCAUAUUGCUGUGUUAUGGUGUUCCAGGGGUGGGAGAGAAACAGAUAAAGCAUAACAAAAAUCACCUUAUUUGAAGUAUAAAGAAAGCCACCUAAAUGGUCCAAAAUAACCAGCACCUCUGCAGUCUUUGUAAAGAGAAUUUAUUUAUUUGCCAGAAAUUACCUUUGAGGAUGUAAUUGCCAAUAUUGUUUCUCGUCAUGAGUAAGUUUUCAAUACAAGCUGGUUUAAGUAAAAACAGAUUUCAACAGCCAUCAGUUCUAAAUGCCAACGUGCUGCAAGCCCUGCCCAGUGCCAAGAGUGGGCCUUUCCGGGUGGAUAAGCUGGUUUUAGAAGGGACAAUUCACUCACUUGUGCUACUUUUGUCAUAAUAGAGAUCAGAGCCUGUAUCUUGUCCAGUAAUUUUGGUACAUGAGCAAGGCUUAAGUUCUUCUCUGAGCCACCUUCUUGGUCCAUGAUGUCCCCAAUACAACUGAACCCUGUGAGUCUAAUGGGAGUUGGAACUGCACUCCCUUGAAUCCUUGCAGCUGUAACUGCGCUGCAACAUGAAAGCUUCAAAAUGGCAUUAACAUUACACAGAAAUCUGGCUUUACACCACAAGGUCAUAAAAAUAGAACCAUGAUCAAGUACCUCGUGCUCACCCAAGGCCCU